CCAGUCCAAAAUGGCAGCAAAGUGCAAGAAGUUUGAGGCUAAUAUUUUUAACAAAAAUAAGUGUGGAGUCUGUUUCAAAUCUAAACAUGAACAUAGUGCGGCAGCCCUAGAAUGUAGCAAGGCUGCAAGAAAAAUUUCAAAAUGUGGAUACCUCUUUAUUGCACCAGAUCUAACUGCAAGGAGGUGGCAGCGAAGAUUCUUCAUUCUCUACGACGAUGGCGAACUCACCUACUCGGUGGAUGAAAAUGUGGGCACCGUACCACAGGGUGUCAUGGACAUGAACGAAUGUGAGGAUGUCUUUGAUGCAGAGGAACAAAGCGGUCACGAGUUCUCCAUAGCCAUUGUCGUACCACAGAAGACAUACUACGUCAAGGGAACAAGCAGAGAAGAGAUAAAUAGAUGGCAUGAUGUACUAGUCAUGUAUCCAAGAAGCAUAAAAACCAAAGUGAAGAGGACGCUUCCUCCAACUCCCAGCUCACCUUCAAAGAAACCAGUGGAAAUUUCGCCUUCGUAUUCACAGCCACAACCGACUCCAACACAUAAGCCUCUGACGUUGUCACACAGUCAACCAGUCACUUCAUCUGGGCCAACGCGACCCCUGCUCUCAUCAGCCAGAUUUGGCAACAGUUUCGACCUUCCAGGAGUCGAUGCAUCACAGAGUGCUCUUGCCUCAACACUUCAACCAGCACUUGCUGAAAUCAGGGAACCGGUGCUAACCAGAGAACCUCUGCGUGAUUCUAUCCAUAGUACUAGUCUCCAACAUGAGUCUCCUCCAGAGCCACGAUCGUACGAUCAGUACCCUAGCUCUAACUCCUCCCAAGACAAUGAUAACCUUGGUGGUAGCCUCAAACACUCAAAAAGUGAUCAUGGGUUGAAUGACGUUACAGCUGGUGCUAUGCACCUGACUCCCCCUGUCAGUUAUCGUGGAGUCCGCAGCCUCAAACACAAACACGAUGACAGAUACCAUGAUGGACUUCGGAAAAGCAACAGCUUGCAUGACCUGCCUACGUGUAGUACGAGUAACUCUCAGGACGAUCUCACCGAUAAAUUCCUCAGCAAAGAUUGGUACAAAGCAUCUCCUAAUGGCCUUGGGUCAUCAAGUUUAUCACCACAGAACACAUACACUGGGGUAUCCAAAAAUAAAGUUGUCAGGGCGCGAAGCUUUUCGUCACCUUCCUCCUCACAGUAUGAACCUGAAAAACCGAGAACUCUUUUCCAUACGCUUCUUGAUGAGCAACUGAAUCCUAAACCACAGUCGAGUUACUACGCUAAGCUUGCUGGUGUCCCUAAAUCAAAAGUUGACUACACAGAUCGGCAAAGAGCUCAUGAGAGGAGGAAGACACAACCUGAGAUACGAUAUCUGGACACGAACAGAACCGAUAUGCCAUCAUUGAAGCGGCGCUCAAGUUUUCAGGGUGAUAACUCGAAAAACGGAAUGGCUCGGGAGCCAUCACCUCCUGAUACUGUUUUUAAAUACGGUCGACGUGGCCUGGAAAGUCUGGCUUCUGAAUACGCUAAUGCCAAUACGAUGCCUCAAAGUCCCGAAAAGAAGUCACGACCUAGUCCAGAGAAGACGAGCCCAAAGAACAGUGAACCUGCCCCACAAGUUCCCGAGAAAAGGUUUGACAGGGAUGAGGAAUCGAUGGAUGCAGAAGAUGGUGCAUGCCUGAAGAAGGGCUGGUUACAUAAACAAGGAGCCUCAGAUAAGGAAUGGUCAAAGUACUGGUUCGUUCUUCAUGGGGAUGCGCUCAAGUACUUCAAAGAUUCGCGUGCGGAAGAGUUGAACACUCUUGACGGAAGGAUUGGUCUCUCCUAUUGCUAUGAAGUGGCUGAAGUAGAUGCCACGAAAAACUAUGGGUUCAAAGUUCGGACAAGAAACGGUUCCUACAUACUCUCCGCGAUGACAUCAGGGAUUCGUAACAACUGGGUGCAAGCACUGACCAAGUAUGUGAAGAAACCCGGCAGCGUUGUCUCCUCUCCGGCACAAUCGGACACGCAAUCACCAAAGACCACUCGCUCUGGGGCACGUUUACGUCGAACUCUACCCCACAUUGGGUCGAAAUCAGUGUCUGAAAAUGAAUCCCCAUCAGAUUUCAAUCGUAGGAAUACUGUUGACAGCGUGAAGCUUGGAAAACCGGAAGUUACUGAUCCAUAUAAAUCGCCUAUCGAACCAACUGAAAGUGCAGCAGCACGACGUCGGUCUGACCGGUUGUCUGAACGGUUGUCAGAACGCCGGCUGAGACGUAGUUCAAUAGAGCAUGUGAGUGAUAGGCCGUCAAGGCGGGCACGGACGUUACGGCAGGCACAGGUGGAUGAAACGAGUAGUUGUGGUAGUCAGACGAGUAUACCAGAGGUGGCAGCAUCUUCUGCCACAAACAGUGAAGCUGCGCCCUCUCCCAAAUCUCCUAAGCACGACUCUUCCCACUAUCAUCGCCGACGCUCGGAUGCGUCUCGAUUCCGUUCACGACAUCACAGCAGUGGUUCAGAAUAUGGUAGCAAUGACAGCCUGUCGUUACUGAAAGAACCUGAGACGAGAUUGUUAGCCAAGUCACCGAUAGAGAAGAAACUCGAUAAGUUGAGGUCAAGGUCUGGUUCCCGUGUCAAGUCGCCUCCUCCACCAAGUACAGAGGAAAGAGUUGUUUUGGACAUGAGUGUCAGGAGUGCGUCAUCAACGGAUGAGCGAGCUGUGGUGGAACUGCUGGAAACCGAGGUGGAAUCUCUUCAGAACCAGUUGGAGCGUGCUCAAAAGGAGUUACUCUCAGUUCAUAAAGAUAACAUCAACCUGAAGACACAGAUACGACUUAAAAAAGAAAAGGAGAAAGAGGAAGAAGAUGAAUUAGAUGGUGAUGAUGAUGAUGACGAUGUUCAUCUCUUGGAAAAAUGUAACAUGUUAGAAAUGAGGAUUGGUGAACUGGAACUUGAAAAUACGGUACAGAUCAAUGAAAAGGCGUCAAUGGAUACAAAACUAGAUCGAAUGAAAAAGGAAAAUGAUCAACUCAUGAACAGUAUUCAGGGAUUAAAACAAGACAAUUCUGAACUAAAGAAACAAUUACGAAGUGCUGGUAGUGAAACGGGUGAUUUACAAAAGGAGCUUGAAUCUUUGAAAAAUGAUAUGUUGAGAUUAAAGGAUGUCCAGGAUGAUAAAAACAAUGAAUUGGUCGAAACGCAGCAAAAGUUGGAGGAAUAUCGGACUGAUUCUCGUAAAAAGAAGAGGCAGGUUCGUGAAAAGGAUGACCAGAUCUCUGAUUUGAAGGAUCAGGUUGAAAAGAAAAGUGCAGAGUCAGAUAGACUUUCGAAGCGGUAUGAAAAUAUCCUUGCACAACUGGAGGAGAAGACGUCAUCUCUUGAGCUGAACCGGGUAGACUCAAAGAUGAUGAAGGAACGUGAGUCGCAGCUUGCAAAAGUUCAGGCGGAGUUAGAGAGAAAGAAUCGGGAGUGUGCUGAUAUGAUGAAUAAGUACAACGCAGUCAGUACAGAGGUUCAGGAUCUGCGAGCUGCUCUAGAGGAGAGCAGUCGCAGGCAAAAUCAGCACACGGAUAGCUUACAAACGCGGGAUGAGCUAGUUGAGAGUUUGAACUCUGAGCUUUCCAAACUCAAAAGGGAUUGUCAGACCCUUGAAAGACAGUCAAAUGAUAUGUCAAAGGAGUUACAAGACACAAAGACAACCCUACGAGACAGUUUACAGAUCCUUGACUCGCAGAAAUCACGGGUCGAUGAAAAAGAUGAACAAAUUCACGAUUUGAAGAAACAGUUGGAGAAGCGCAAUUAUGAUUUUGAAGAUAUGUUUAUUAAGUGUGAGGAUUUGACGUCAGAGUUGGAGCACAUGAAGACAACGCUGGAAGAACAUGAGGAUGAACUUGAUCAGGAGAAGGCAGAGUCUGAUGAAAAGGAAGCAGAGAUUGAGGACCUGAAACAAGUGGUUGCCAAGAAAUCAGGUGACUGUGAGCUGCUGCUGAAGAAAUACAACGAACUGCUGGCUGAGAAUGAUGAUCUGAAAGCAGGUGUGGAAACUGGUCAUGAGCUGGCGCUACUUGACCAGUUGGAGGAGAAGGAAGAAGACAUUAUCAAGUUGAGAGAAGAUUUAGAAGAUCGGACAGAGGACUGUGAGGAUCUGUCCGAUAGGAUCGAUGACUUGGAGCACCAGCUUGUUGAUGCCAAGGCAGCAUUGGUUGAGGCCGAACACCGUGCCAACAGACAACAGAAUAAAGAAAGAAGAACGGAAUCAGUUGAUGUUUCUACUGAGACUGACUUUGAUAUUCCAAGUAGUGCAGUCCUGCCAGUCAAAAUGGAUCAAAUCGUGCAGACAUUUUUCGUGGAGCAAAAGCAGUCGCGAUCGUUAGACAGUGAUUACUCCUCAGACAUUAACAUAAUCAAAUCUCUGAGGUCAAAGGUUAAGGAGAACGAGGAUAAAUGCGAUGAGUUAGAUUUCAUGAACAUUAAACUGAAUGAAAAGGUGCGAGCUCUCAUGGAGCAGUAUGACGGUGAGAUCAAAUCUUAUGGUGCAAGAAUUGACGAUCUUGUGGAGAAACUGAGACAAGAACAAAUCAAGAAACGUCGGAAGCAAGAGAUGGCCGUGGCGAUGAGAGGUGAAGCAGUUGGGUAUUCUAAAGAUGUCGAACGAGAACUCUUGAAGGUGGAGCAGAAAAUCGCUCAGGCGGAGACGGAACUAAUCCAGCAGGAGAGUACAGCAGAGGAGUUAGAAAAUCAAAUUGGAUCUGUGGAACUCAAGUUGUCCAGCCGCAAAGAUGAAGAUGAGGGGAUGUCAUCCCAGGAGGAGGGUUCGUGUAGUACAGUGUCUUCACCUGGAGUUAGCGAUAGUGAACAAGAUAGAGAUGGCACUUUUGAACCGAUCAGUUUGUUCCAGGAUGGCCAGGAUUAUGACAACAAUAACUCGAAUCAGUUCUUCAGCAGGAUACAGGGAUUGCAUGACAAGGUGGCGCAAUCAAAUGCUAAGCUGAAGGAAGUCUUGGGGAUGUUGGAUUCAUCACAUGAAGAGGAGGAGGAGGAGGAUGUCACGCCUGCUUCUCAGGAGCAGACGCAUGAUGUCCGGCAACGUCUGGCGCAGUGUGAGCAACGUCUGCAGAGUAUGACAUCACGCCUUCAGAGCAAUGAAAACUCCCACCAGUCUUCACAUGCUUCAACCCCACCUUUAGGACAUCAAACGUUGCGAGGAGUUAUAUCAACACACGAGUCAACAUUAUCUGUCUUGCAGGAUUGCCGAAAUCGUUUAUCAGAAUCUCUACACGGAUUGGAAUCCUACGACAAUGCAGAUACGCUGAACGAUUGUUUGGAAGCGAUCCGAGAAACCGUGACUGACAUGAUUCACCAUGCCCAAAGUGAAGAAUCAGCGAUUAAGGAUAAUAGGACGACGCUAUUGAGAACGUUACAAAUGGCUGGGGAGGAUGUGACUGAUCAUUUGGAAGAACCUCUGAGGUCAAGGUCGCGACCUAGGACUCCUGAAGUUGUCAAAAAUAUGACCAAUGCUGAAAAAUUGGACGUGUACGCAGAAAAUGUUGCCCUUAAGUCCUUAAUUGGUGGAGAAGCCUCAUAUAUUAAUCGCCAUUGGCGGGAAGAGUUCAUUCAAGAGAGAGAUCAGUAUUUUGAAGAGUUGCGGCUAGCAACAGAGAGAAUUGGUGAACUGGAAGAUACGGUAGAUUAUCUGACUGAUGCCCUUGAUGAGGAGCGGUCGCGUGGGAUGAUGUUGAAACGACAAGGAUCACUUGAUUCCUACGCUAGUUUAUUCUCUGAGAGUAUGAUACAUCACGGUAUUGCCGUCUCAAAACUCCAGUCAAUAGAACAGCAACGGGGGAACGAGCGAGAUCGUAUGCUUGCAGAAGUGCAGGAAUUGAAUGAGAAAAUUGCACGUCUAGAGGAUGCACUUCAUAAAACUAGGAGUGAGAAACAAUCAAACAUUUCUGGCAGGAGUAAUAACAUGGCCAGGUCUGUGCCUGAACUUGCUACGGUGUUGUCUGAAAACAUUACAUUGGAAGCACAGAAGAGUGCUCUGAUGAAGGAAUACCAAGAAUCUAUGUUUACUAUUCGCGAGCAACAAGUUAAAGAAUUUAAAGUGUUCCAUGAUCGAAUUCAAUCCAUGGAGUCCAAAAUAUCUGAACUGUCUGACCCCAAUCAGUUGUCGCGUGCAAAUUCUGCUGACAAUCCGUUAAUCAAAGCCGCUAUAUCUCGAUCACAAUCUGAAGUUGGUGCUAAACUUGAAAGUCUUCUCCCUCCUUCUUUAUAUGAGGAAGACUGGAGUGUUUAUGGCCAGGCAACAUCUCUAGUCUCCAAGGCCAUGGCUCAAGCUGAACUGACCGUGCGUAUUAACCGAUUGCGUGAUAGUCUGGUCAACUGCACAUCGAAACAGGAGCAGUUACGUGUUCUGGAUCAGGAGAUGGACCUCGCACAGACAAAGUUACGUAGUAGAGAAAAACUCAUGACAGAAAUGGUGGACAGUUAUAAAGAAAAGAAAAUCAACGAUCUUGCACAGUUGAUAUCUAGCAAUACUCUGUUACCGCUUUCCCCGGUGCAAAGUCAGUUUGAAAAUGGCUCCAUUGAUGAGUUGUGGAGCCGCAUUGAAUCACACGAGACAUCCUCAGUUAACAAAACAAACUACAAUCGAGUUCUCUCAAAGUUAUUGGGUAUGGUCAAUAAGCUAGCUGGGUUGUAUAGAACUUUAGACAUGGUUGGUGAGAGCUCAGAACUUCAGGCAAAACUGGAGGCAUCAGUCCAACAAGAGGUCGAGGUCCUGACAGAGGAGUUGUUGUUGAAAUGUGAGGAGACACCAUCGACUGAGCAGGCUGGAAUCAUCACUGAGGAGUUUAUGCACAAUAUGGUGUACAACCUGGCAGAUAUCCUGGCACAGAGAUCAGCUAUCGAGGCCCAGUUCCAGUACAUCUCUGACCUUCAACAGAAAUACAAGGAUGAGCGAGAUUCUGAGAUUGCACCAGGCUUGAUGUCGCCUGAAGAAAUGGACUCGGUUUCACUGCCAGAUGCUGCUACAGAGAACGACCCACUCUCAGGCGGUAUCAAUUCAAUGGCGGAUAUUAUUAAUGACCUGCCCAGUGAUGAAGGAGAGGCGGAUUUGACUAUUGACCUGAUUUCACCCGUUUUAGACAUAGAGAGUUUGCCGCGUGUUGACAAUGAUGCUGUUGAUGGUACAGAGGAUGGUGACUCUGUUUUCACAACAACUACGAACUCGUCUGAUAAGAGUCAGGUCGUCGAGAUGUUUAAGGAAAGGUUGCAGAACGUUGGGAAGAAUACUGAGGCUGUGAGGCCGAGGGAGCGACGCGAGAGGAACAGUCGUGGUUCUUUGAGUGGUGAGCGAAGGGGUAGGAGCUCAACCAGCAGUGAGACAUCUGGUGUUUCUGAGUCAGGUGCUGCGAGAGGGGUGAGGGCAAGGGUUCUUGACCAUAGUGCCAGGUCUAAGAGUACUCCAGAUGUUGUCAUUAACCUUGAGCAGAGUGGCUUCACGCCCAUUGGUGACUCUGACAGUCCUCGACGUAGUUCUGAUAGACAAUCUCGUAUUACUGUGAAACGCACUCCAGCGAUGGUUGUUAGGCGGCCACCAUCUCCACUCAGAAAAGCCACCUCACAGCCAAGUCUUGUUGUUGGUACACCAAAAUCUCGUCGAGGAACCUCCCCAGUAAGACGGCGACCUGCUUCACCAGCCAGACGGGGUACUUCACCGGUGAGGAGAAAGACUAAUCCUGCAUCUCGCCGCCCGCCCUCACCAAUCUCUUCAGCUGCCCGGAGAACGUCUUCUGCUGGUCGAGCCAAGAAGCCACCCACUAACCUCCAGCCUCUGUCACCAAUACCAUCUUUGCCCUUGAGACCAAGGAAAAAGAUUGUCAUCAAGUCACUACAAGCUCCUAAACUCCCCAAGAAAAUGCCACCGAUGAAAAUGACUCCUAAAAAGAUGGAAGAUCGUUUUGUUCCCUCAUUUAGCUUGCACCGUGAGCCAGCACCGCCUGGUACAGAAGUCCAGGAUAUAUUCAAAUGAUGGUCUUCCUCUUACAACUAUUUCUUCCCUGUUUUAACCUAAUCAUACAAUCCUAACUGUUCUAUGACUCUCAAGCUAAGUUUUUGGUGCAUGGGCCUUUAUCUAAUUUGAAUCAAAAAUGGAAAUUGAUUAUGUUGGCUGUUUUGAUGCUGAGUAUAAAUCAAUUAGGUAUUUGGGAUACUAAAACUCUAUGUCGUAGGUCGUACUUUGACCGAACUGAUUAUGAUGUUGAUUUAACACGUUCAACAUCAGAUAACUUUAAAUUUUACUUGAAGCUUUUGUGUCAUUUAUGAACCAGUUUUGCAUUCAUUGCAAAGCGAAGUAGUUUCUGAGAUUAUUGAAGAAUUGUUCCAAUUUCCUUGACCAAAGAAAAAGUUUUCUUGACAUUGUCCAAUGUGUGUCCUUAUUAACAUCAGCCCCAUAGUUUUCGCGUGGAGGCUCAAAAGGACAAUGACAUCUACCUCUGAAGAACCCUAUAGGUGUUGCUUGGUACACAAUGCUAUAUCUCUGACAACCUUUAACCAUGAUGGCUUUCACCUGAUUUUGAUAUUAUUUUUAUUUUGAGGACUUUUAAUUUUAUAUUUUUAUGCAUGGGCUACAUUCCAUACUUAUUUUCAGUGUUUUAUGCCAUUUUGCAUCAUUGUAAAGUAGAAAUUGUAUGUUUUUAGCAGUUUAUUUAUGGGGUCAUUCCCCCGACUAAGUACGUGUACAGUACAUACACAAGGGUGAGAAAAGAUAGGAUUGAAUUUGUCAGCCUUCUGCUCUCUGCCUAAGGCAGGAACGUAGAAUCUCUUGAACCAUGGUGUCCUUUCAUGAGGAAAAGCUCCUUGACAAUUUUCUGCAGAAUUACACCCCAGUAGAAUAAAUAUCAUCUAGAUUUCGAAUUUUGAUCAAAUUAGGAGAAAUUAGGAGAAAUGAUCAGUGCAUUGUACUUAAAGAAUGACCCCUGUAUGCACUGCUGGUUUUCCAAUCUGUUUUGUUUGUGUCCCAAGAAAUGGGCUUGAAAUCUUGUAAAAAAUUCAAUACUGUAAAUAUUUCAGGAGCUACUGCAACUUUCUUGCUUGCCACAGCACUUCAGAAUGAUAUUCCAGUUGUGUUGGCUCCUGGUCUAGUUUACAGUAUUUUCAAUAGCAGCUUGAUUGGUGUCCUGUCUGAACCUUUGCAAGUGGUUGUUCAGACCACACAAAAUGUAAGUUCCCAUGAACUUUCAGACAGUACGACCCGGUGUAUUUAUAUAUCCGAACUUUCGAUUUCAUUGUACUUUCGUUUAUUUCUGUUUUAUUUCCUAGUCUGAAUUAGGAAAUGUCUAAUCCUGCUGCUAUGUCCAAUUUUAUGUUGUAGUGUUUUCUCAUGCUUCUUGCAGUGUGAUUCAUUCAUGUUUUGAACAGACACUUCAAGUUAAAAGUUUCCGUUGAUGGUAGGAAUAGUUUCAAAAUUGUUGGUGAAUGGUGAAGAAGUUGGAGUGGACAAAACUGAAAGAAAUACUAGAUAUCUCAAAUAAGUUAAAUUACUCCCCCAAAAAAGAAUAUGGUGGCAGAUUCCAAGGUAAAUAGUGUCAACUUACUGGGCACUAAUUGAUCAGUACUGAAAGACACACAUAAUUGAUUUGUCUAUAACAUAGAUGUAAGUGAUUACCCCUUCAUUCAGAACUAUGCAAAUAGAGUCCUUCAAAUAUUUUCUUGUGUAUCUAUAUCCUUUUAUCUGUGGCAAGUAAUGUGAACUAAUAUUGGUUUGUUAAACUGUACAUGAUUGUAUAACUAAACUUAUGAUAAGUUGCAGCGUUCUGUGACCAUCACUUCUCUUAUAAUAAGAAACAGUUCAAAAUGUUCCUAACUUCCUAAUCUUCACUAGUCUUAGGAAUGUGUAAUUGGUGAUAGUGAUUCGUUAACUACACAUAUACAAAUGUAGAUGUUGUGAAAGUAAUCAAUCAUGUUCAUAGUAAGUUAUUUGUAAUUACAUUUUAGCUAGGGUUCAAUAUGAAAUGUAGAUGUGACAUGUCCAGUUACUACUAUUACUUUAUGUAAAGCUUUUAACCAUAAUAUUGUGUUUAUGUUUAUACAACUGUCCAUAUUAUCAGUAUAUUAUGCAUCUUACGUGUUUAAUACCAGGUCACGCCCUGUAUAUUUUGUAAAUAGCAGAGAUGAUAAUGAUGUAAUUACAAAUGAUAAUAAAUCCU